GUCAGCCAGCGCGCGCCGACCACCGCGCCGCCGGCGCUGAGGGCCACUGCGGCGCAGAAAGGCGCGGCCAACGGCGGCAGCCUGGGCGCUGCCCUCCCGGUGGGCGCGGCGGCCGCACUCGCGAUCGCCGCGCGCCGGCCGGCGCGCGCGGCGCGGCGCGCCGCCGAGGCGCCGCCGGCGCCGCCACCGUUCGACCCAGCGACGCAGCUGGGCGCCAUGGCCCCCCUGGGCUUCUUCGACCCGGCCGGGUUCAGCAAGGUGGGCGACGAGGAGGGCUUCCGCAACCUGCGCACCGCGGAGCUCAAGCACGGGCGCGUGGCCAUGAUGGCGGCUCUGGGGUUCGUGGCGCAGCAGUACAUCCAGUUCCCGGGCUUCGAGUCGGUGCCUGCGGGCGUGGGCGCGGUGACGACGGCGCCGGGCACGUACGGUUUCGUGGCGCUGUUUCUGUUCUCUGGCGCCAUGGAGCUCGCGGUGUGGACGCAGGACCCGAAGAAGGAGGUGGGCAACUUCGGCGACCCCCUGGGCCUGUCCAACAUCUUCGGCUACGACGAGGACAUGCGCCACAAGGAGCUUAACAACGGUCGCUUCGCGAUGUUCGCGGCCAUCGGCAUCCUGUCUGCGGAGCUGUUGACUGGCAAGGUGGGCCUGAGCCAGUUCUGA